CACUUCUCCACCAUUUCCGGCACAAACAAACGCACGUCAGAGCGGUGAAAACAUGAGAGGUCAAAAGUUAUUUUAUCCUGAUCUUUAACAGUAACGGAGCAAUACCCAGAAACAUGGCCAGCUCCAUGGUGGCAAUGGGACUGGCUCUGGCUGCAGCCGGAUUUGCAGGUCGCUAUGCCAUGCAGGCCUUCAAGCAGUUGGAGCCUCAGGUGAAACAGGCCCUUCAGAGCUUCCCAACGACGGGUUUUGGAAGUGGUUACUAUAGAGGUGGAUUUGAAGCAAAGAUGACCAAGAGAGAAGCUUCCCUGAUUUUAGGUAUCAGUCCCACAGCCAACAGGAUUAAGAUCAGAGAAGCCCACAGGAAACUGAUGAUCCUAAACCAUCCAGAUAGAGGUGGAUCUCCCUACAUAGCAGCGAAGAUAAAUGAAGCGAAAGAUCUGAUAGAAGGCCAGACAAAGAAAUAGAAGUGAAGAUGUUUCCACGGCGAUUUCACACUUAAGCUUUUAUUCAAGCUGUUGCACUGACUGACUUGAGUGAACAUCAGAGUUUUCUGUUUGUUCUCAAAUAAAUUACACUGUAUGAACUGCAUGGACCUCUGCCUCAUUAUCAUGUCAUAUUGUAAUUAAAUUGAGUACUUUUUAAGGUGGUUUUCUACUCAAUAUAAACUUUAAAUAGCAGCAUUUUGGGUUGAAAACAGUGUCCUGAUCUCUUUUUUUUAGCUUGAUAAAUGUAAGAAUUCUGUACAUUUAUGUGACAUGCUCACUAAGAAUCAAUUUUGGGGAGUGUUUUCCACUUACUGUGAAGAAUAAAACGGCAACAAAGCACCA